UUAAAUUUCUAUCAUUCAAAUUUCUAGUAUAUCGCAAAACCUUAAAUCAAAUUGAAAAUUACACUCUACAAAAUGGCUGAAGCGAAGAUAAAAACAGUCCAAGGUGGAAUGGUAAAUGAAGAUAUAAAAAUGACUGGAAAAACUGUUCUUAUUACGGGAGCGAAUACUGGCAUGGGACUUGCAACUGCAAUUGAUAUGGGAAAACGAGGUGCAAGAGUGAUUAUGACAAGCAGAAAUAUGGAUCGGGGAAAUGAAGCCAAAGAUACUGCUGUGAAAGAAUCUGGUUCUGAAAAUAUUAUUGUGAAACAACUUGAUCUUUCUUCUAUGGAAUCAAUUCGUGUUUUUGCAGAUGAUAUUAAUAAAACCGAGUCAAAAUUGGAUGUGCUAAUCAAUAAUGCAGGUGUAAUGAUGUGUCCUCAGUCUAAAACGAAAGAAGGGUUUGAGAUGCAAUUUGGUGUCAAUCAUCUUGGACAUUUUCUGCUGACUAACUUGUUGUUGGAUCUGAUCAAGAAAAGUGCACCAAGUCGAAUUGUGACCGUUUCGUCUGCAGCUCAUUACAAAUAUUUGGGUGCUGCAAUACAUUGGAAUGAUUUAAAUCUUGAAAAAAAUUACACUCCAACGACAGCAUAUGCUCAGAGCAAAUUGAUGAAUGUUCUUUUCUCAAGAGAAUUAAGCAAAAGACUUGAAGGAACUGGUGUAACAAGCAAUUCAUUGGAGCCUGGUGCAGUUAAGACAGACUUACAGAGACAUGUUGGAACCCAUGAAAAUCCUACUUUUAUGGAUAGAAUUAUGGGUUGGGCAAAUUCUUUGACAAGACGUUGGUGGAGAACUCCAGAGCAAGGAGCCCAGACACAAAUAUAUUGUGCUGUUGCCCCUGAACUUGAAGGAGUCACUGGGAAGUUUUAUGCUAAUUGCAAACAAACUGGAGAAUCUAACGAUGCAAAAAGAGAUGAUUUUGCAAAAAGAUUGUGGGACAUCAGUGAAGAAUAUACGGGGUUGAAACAAAAAUCAGAAGAGCAGCAGAAAACCGAGUCACCUAACGGUGGUGAAGUGCCAAAGGCAGAUGAUUGUGAAGUUGCACAGAAGGAGACAUGAUCUGGUAGCGAAGUUGAUAUUUUUUGUUUUCUUGUCUUGAAUCAGCUAACUGUUCAGUGCUGAAUUGGAAUUCAUUCGUGGUUCAACAUAAAACCCAAGUAAUAAUCUAACAUAAGUUUCUGCCACAACCCGACCUGUCAAGACAUUCAAUUUGGCCCUUGUCAACGCUCAGAUUCUCCCCAUGCGUUGAACCUUUCGCAUAAGCGAGAGCCGCAUUUUUUCCACUUGCCUUUCACACGGCGCUCUAGUUGUCGCUAAUGUAUUUCAUCAGUUAAGGGUCGCUACAACUUCUGUAAAGCUGAUGUUAACAAAAAAUGCUAGAACUUGAAAUUUCAAGUGUCCAACUUAAAUGUUAAAUAAAUGAAAAUUUUGCAUUGGGAGAAUUUUUCAGUUCGUUUUGUACAUGAGAAAAACUAAAUUUUUAGUGUGGCCUAGCUAAAUGUCUGAAGUUGUUGGAGGGCCGCCGACAAAAAAUGUUGCACACCCCUGCCUUAGAGUAAUCGAGUUAAUUCUGAUUUAUUAUUGCAAGUAAAUUAUAAUUAAAACUCUGUUAUAGAUCAUUCAUUUAAUCAUUGUCAUUUUUGUGUAUUGUUGAUUUUUGCUGAUAUGUACAUUUUUUUGAGUUAUAUCGCUUUAUGUUAAUUUUUAUUAUUACAAACAAGUUAGUUUAUAUAUGUGCAAAAUGAGACAUGGCUGCAAUUCGAUGAUAUGUGAAAUUAUUUCAUUUAGGCUUGACUUUUUUCUUAAGCCCAUGCCGUCUCUUUUCAUUCGAUCAAAUGGUGUGCCAUAGCUUGGAUAUCAAUAUCAUAUAAUCAAUAUAUACUCAAUAUAUUUUGCACUUCUUCAAAUAACUACUCAAAUAACUACGCUAUUUGGUAGGCUAGUACUAGUACUGUGUCAACAUGUGCAUCAAAUAUUUAAUUGUAUUCUAACCUUCUGUCAAAAGUAUUAUAUAUAUAUCCGAACCCAGAACAUACCAUGACAUUGACUUCAUAUUCUUACUUCGGAAAUUUUCGCCACAAUGUAUCAAACUCAACUAGAUGUUUAUAUCCGUCUGGCUUGAAACGUCUGUCGCCCACAAAGCAAAUACGAAAUAACGUUUCAAUGCUUAAUUGAGCCUGGUCUUCUUAUUGCAUCUUACCUCGUGUAUGCAAUAAAUUACUACAAAACGAAAUAUAUUUUGGGCUAUCGUGAUUUAAUUUUACCCAGCCUUGUCAAAAGUUAUUUAAUAUCACAUAUCUAUUUCAACUCGUAGUCAAAUUUGUAUAUUUCUAAAUUAUUUGUGAUGGGUUGCAAUGCCAAUCUGAUUGUUUCCCAUCUUAAUACUUGUUCUGCGUAGUAAUGUGUAAAUCUCGCAGAAGUUCCAUAUGCAUCCUGCUUUUUUUCUUCACCCUAAUGAAUUGAAAAUAUAAAAUUGUAUUACUGUUAUGCCUAUAAUUCAUAUCUCAAUCUAUGGUUCUUCACACAACACAUUAUUGUCACUCAUAGAACUUUCAAUUUUCCUGUGAUCUUAUCCCUUAUAUUUUAUCAUGUGUAAGCACAAAAGAAGAUUCAGAACAGAUUGAAAGUGUAAAUUAAUAUAAUAAAUAAUAAUAAAUUUGGUAUUUGGAAUUCUUAUUUUAUGCUCUUCUCUAUUUAAAAUUUAUUUAAAAACUUUCCUAAUCCCGAUUGGAAAUUUAUUUAAUCUCUAAUCAGAUAUCAUUUUUUUUUCACAUAGUGUAUAUAGUUUUUUUUUUUUCAUAUGUAUAUCCUGAGAGUGUAAUAUUACAGAACCUGUGUUAUUAAUUUAUUUAUUCAUGUGCUUGCUUUGGGUGGUAACCGACUCAGAUGACUGUUAAUGGUCGUAUCGUUACCACCCUGUCAUCUACCGAAACCUAGUUUUUUCUCAUUUUGCUAUCAUAUAUAUAUAUUGUAUGUGUUUUCUGGUAUGACGAAACAAUAAAUUCUCUCUCAUCGCACAUCGUUGAUGAACGUAUCUGCACAUACCAGCCAGAUCUGCCAUUCCCGUGGUAUAUUUUAUUACAAUUUUACCUAUCCGAUUUAGUUAUAGUAACCAGUAGUGUUUUGUAUAUUUUGCUAGUAUUCGUGUGGGUAACAAAUAUCAUUUUAAAAUAAAUAUAACAUCAUGCUACUAA